ACUACACCAAAGAUGAACACAAUUUGCUUACGUCACACGCAACAGGAAGUCUGAUUGUUGGCUGUCGAAUAAGUAACAAAACAACAGCAAGGCUUAGAGGGGCCUACUUAGAAUUGAGAAUAGCCUACCUACAGGUUCACUGGUGGUCACAAGUGACUUUGUGGGAUUUUUUUUUCAGUCGUACCUACGUUUCAGAAUAAAGGUCACAAUGAAGCAGUCGAGACAAAUUUCACCAUUUGAUUCGAAGGCGUUUACAUGCUGUUGCUGUUGUCAUGUGAGAACAGGAACUCUCAUCUACGGAAUAUUUACAGUGUUGGUGCACCUUCUGCUUCUUGGGCUGUUCAUUUUGGCUGCAAUUCAUCCAGAUGUCCUUAGAUCAGCAAACCAACAACCAUAUGAUGGAAUUGUUGUUGUGCAAACAGAAAGCGGAGAAUUUUUUGAGAGAAUUGGACACCCUUCUCUGGAUGAAAGGUUUAGUAAAGAUAACCUGUGUGUUGCGUUUGCAAUGACUCUGGCCUGGAUCAUGUCUGUUCUUGCACUCAUCUAUGGUGUUGCACGGAACUAUGCCAGUUACCUGAUGCCAUGCUUCUGUCUGCAAGUCUUUGAUUUCUGCCUGACCUGUCUGACUGUGGUUGGCUGCUUCACCUAUGCUCCCAAUAUUCAGGAGUGGAUCAGACAGUCUGGACUGGAGAAUUCUCCAGGCUUCAAGACCAUCGAGUGCAUGGAUCGUGACUACGUGAUGCUUCUGUUUGUUACCUGCCUCAUCAUGGUUCUCUCCGUCAAGGCCUAUCUGAUUGGGAUGGUGUGGUCUUGCUACAAGUACAUCCAGCUGUAUGUUGCCUCCCGCAGUGUUGUCAGGGAAUACUCUGUGGACCCAGACACUGAGAUGCUGCUUCCCCCUCGCUAUGAGGAUGCUAUCAAGACACCCGACAACUACCCUCAGCCUCCUGCCUACACCAGUGCUGAAUAGUCCCUUGGGAUAAAUACAGGCUGUCCAAAUGAAGAGCUGUUUUUCCUCUUUGUUAUGCUCUCUAUUUUCGUGGUGAUUGGUGACGAGAGGGCUAAUUCCCCAGCAGCAGCAGUGGUCAUAGACUCUAGCAGAUUAAUAAAAACUGACCAUUUUUGUUACCUUUUCGCACAGCAGCCUUCAUAUUCAAAUACAAUUUUUGAUUUGUUUGUAUCUGUUUUUUAUUCUCUUUUAGAUUCAAUAUCAUGCGAAGUACUAGUGAGUCCAAAAUGUAUGGGCUGAGUUAGAUAUUAGUCAUUGCUUUUCAAAUAUGUGGAAGCUAUCUUUAAUUUUUGCUUUAAGUUUCACAUGAUAUUUUAAAAAUGAUGAAACAUGUGAAAAGAUGCAUACUCUGGGAAUUUUCUCUUUGCUCUCAGGGAUAAUAACUUUGAGAGAUCAAUACAUGAAAAGGCUUCUAACAUGCUACACACGAGCAUUCUGAAAAUGGAACGCUAAUUCCUCAGCAUGUACCAAAUCAAUCCUUUGUACAACUUUUGACGAACAUAAUGAAAGUUGUGAAUGUUUCAAUUUUCUUGUUGUCAAUUACCCUCCAGAAAAGCAUAGCUUGUAUUUCAAAGAUCAUCCAUUUUGAGUAUUUUGUCAGAUGGUUGUAAUAGAUCCCUCGAUUCCUCAUUUGUGUGAAUUGUUUGGUGUCAUUUGGUUGGUUUGGUAACUUCCGAUUUAUCAUAAUGAUUCUAUUGAAAAUCUUUUGAUUUGAUGAUUGUUUCUGUAUAAUUAUUUUAAUUGGUUGCUGUUUGACAGCAUAUUUAGUCAGAAAAUGAAAGCUUCCAAUCUUGUACAGGUACAAUACAAUGUUUCUUUAAGGAAGACGGCACUCAUUGAUAGCUUGCUCCUUUGUCGAAACAAUAGUUUGUGCCAUUUAAAAUUUAAAGACAUUUGGGAAUUAUGGCAAACAAAAAAAUACCACACGGUAAAGAAACAGCACAUUUAUUUAUUUUUUAAAAUCCUAUCAAUUACGCAGUGGUGGAUAAUAAAAUGAACAGAUGUUUGUGAGGAAACGAUUUUUGUCCAUUAUAUGGAAAAUGACAUUUAUGUGCUACCACUUUUGGCAUAAUAUCGUUGAUGCAUUCUGUCUUUUGUUGUCUACUUUUGUGUAAAGAAGUUUUAUAACGACACUCGAUAUUUAUCAGGAUUAUACCAUCUAGAAUCAUUGAUUUAGUGAUUUCCUUGAAUGUUCUGAUUCCUUGUUACAGAUUGUUUGGCUUCUGAGUCAUCCUCUGUUGGUUUGUUAUUAACUCCUUUCUUAUAUUUUCAAAUUUAUACCAUUAAAAUGACUGUUUCUUCUUUAA